UAAUCUGCAUUGUCAUUUUCCAGUAAACGCAAGGCCAAGGCGAGUAGAGGCGACAUAUACUUGAGCAGAGGCAGCGCUGAGGGGUGUACUGUACUUAUACAUCAGUAAAAUGGCAGGAUUGAAUGCACAAGCUCUAGUGGAAAAACAGUUGACUGCUGCUACACAGAUCAUUGAACGACAACUAGAUGCAGAAAUAAACAGAUUGGACAACUUGGAAUCAGAUGACUUGGAUGCCAUCCGACGAGAGCGCUUAGCUGCCAUGAAGGAGCGACAGAAGAAGAAACAAGAUUGGAUCAAUAACGGUCAUGGAGACUAUUCUGAACUGUCUGAUGAAAAGGAAUUUUUUGAAACCACCAAGAAAUCAGAGAAUGUUGUGUGUCACUUUUACCGGGACCAGUUUGUUCGAUGCAAGAUUGCUGACAAGCAUUUGGAGAUUCUAGCAAAGAAGCAUAUUGAAACUAAAUUUUGUAAAAUUAAUGCUGAGAAGGCACCAUUUUUAACAGAACGACUCAGCAUCCGUGUGCUUCCCACACUCUGUCUGGUUAAGAAUGGCAAAACUAAAGACUACAUUGUUGGCUUCACUGACCUGGGAAACACCGAUGAGUUCUCCACAGACACACUGGAGUGGAGAAUUGGACGUGCAGAUGUAUUAGAGUAUCAUGGAGACCUUAUGUGCCCUCCCACUUUGGGCUCUAGUGGUGGACAGAAAAUGGACGUACAUCAGAAGAAGACAAUAAGGGGCGGAAGGAAUGGAGAUAGUGAUGAUAGUGAUUCAGAUUACUGAGUAAGAUAUGUUAUCAAGCUUAAGAUAUUCCUUGCAUUUAUGAUGAACUCCGUGGAUGUGUGUACAGUAAGUCCUCUCUUAACAUCAGGGUUACGUUCCUGAAAAUGUGACUUUAUACGAAACAAUGUUAAGCGGAUCAAUUUUCCCCAUAAGAAAUAGAUAAAAUAUGGGAGUUAGGUUCCUGAGCCUCUCUGCCCCAUGAAAUACAUUACAUAUACAUAAAUUCAAAACUCCUUGUGUGAUGCCUGGUGAGGUGCUUGUGUGCAUUACAGUACUAUAAAGUCACAUUCAUUGAGAUUUUAUUAGAGAAAAACUCAAAACUCCUCUACAUGACAGAUAAAUAAAUACCACUAGGUAACCUUGGUUGGCCGGCAGGCUGGUACCAGCUGUCAUAAUUCAUCAACUCACCCUCCGCACUUCCGGCAAGAUUGAAGGUGGUUUAGGCUUAAAUUUUUUAUCUUAUAAAAUGGCACAGACUAAAGUUAGCAGAAUAUAAAUUAAAUUGCUGGAUUCUUGCAAGAUAGUGAAUAAUGUGAAUAUAGACAUCAUAUAUUUUGCACAAGAGAUAAAAAUUUUAGUCCCUUAAGUACAUUCAAGUACUGUACAUGUUUUUUCAACUUAUAUUUCGGUAGAUAUAGUAACUUUCUUCAUUUAUUUUUACUCAUUUAAAUAUUGUGAAAAAGGUAAAAAGUAGUCCGUGAAGACUCAAACGACGUUGUACCGAGACAUUAAACGAAUUUUUGGUCUCUUAAUGUUAGGACCGAAACAAAGUUAAGCGGGCCGACGCUAAGCGAGGACUUACUGUACUUAACCAGCACUUAGUUUAUCUAUAGUACUCGACUUGUGAGGCUUCAACCAAAAUUGAUCAGUGGGUGAUUUGCUCCAGGUACAGUAGGUAUCACUUGUCUCUUGAAGUGUGAUUGAGUUCUAUGAUGCAAUAUAAGCUAAGAUCUGGGAAUAAAGUGCCUGUAGUUUAGUUCAUUUGAGAUUUUUUCUACAAUGCUAGCAAGUUAUUGUUUUUAGUCUUUCCUACCAAAAUUGAUGUGAUUGUCACUAAAGGCAAUCCAUCACAAAAUCAGUUAAUUGUAAUCAUGGAGUUAUUUAGUGAAGAAAAUUGACAUCAAAGGAACCUUCUCAUUAACCUAACAGCAUUUCUAAAGUUGCACUAGCCAAGCAUUCAAAGAUUUCCUGUGGCCAUGGUUGUGUUGAUUAUUCUCAGCACUACAGGAUAUUCACCAUAUUUAUGUACUGAGUAUGUACAGUAGGUAUGGAUCUUUAUUUAACCCUUAAAUUGGUGGCUAAGGAUUCUCUACUCUUCCCCAAGCACAGAAAUGAAAACCAAGGAACACGAAACAUCUACUGAUGAUGGCUGCUAUUUAAGAAGUUUGGAAAGUAUGUGUAUCAGUGGCAUAUUCUUAAUGAAUGCAAGGCAGGCAUUGCAUGCCUAGUAGAAAGCAAAAUAUAUUUUAAAAUAGGAUCUUCAAUAAUACAGAUUUAAUUUAGAGUUAACAGUUUUCACUCAGGAAAGUCGAGGAGACUCAGCAUCACUCAAUGCAUGCAGAAGGAUAAGCCACAUGCCCUCAAUGGACAUAUAGACAUAACCAUCCUAACAAUAACAUUCUAAAAUGAACUUUAUUGUGUUGGAACAUAAGGAAUUUGAGUCAUUUUAGUCAAAUUUAAUACUGUUUUCCCUUAAUAAGCAUGAAGUCUUAUGUUAUACGGUGGCUAUUUAAUGAUGUUUCUGUAAAUGUAAUGGGUACCAAUGCCUGCAAUUUUAAAACUGCAUUCACUUGUCAAGAGGCGGUGGCUCUCCGUCAGCUGGACAAAACUGGUCCACAUUAUUAUUUUUGCUAUUUCUAAAUAACCCAACAGUCCACUUUCAGUUAGUUUUUUUCACUUGGGAAAGUUACUCAGUUUUUUGUUUUACUUGAAAUAAUAAUCGGAUGAUAUAUAUUAAAUAUUUACUUGUUAUUCAAAUAUAGAGCAAUACAAUCAUUGACAACUUUACAGAGGGCCAGCAUUGUGCAUGAUGCCUAGUCAUUUUUUUAACUACUAUUUUAAAUCUAAAUUACUGUGGAUCACACUGAAAGCUUAAUAUUCUUUUGCCGUAAGUAUUUUUGCACCCAUUAUUUAAUGAUUUAUAACUGACUCAUCAGUGCAACCACAGUAUGCCACUGAUCUGUAUGAUACUCAAAUGGAUUUGUUUAAAGAAUAUUUCUACCUGGGCAUUUUCACAGUGUUAUAUAAGUGAUGGCAGCAUAUGACAGUAUACACCACUGAACUUAAAUUUGAGAGUCCAUAUGAAACUAAUACACUGCUGGUAGAUCUGUCCCUGUGCACACCUCUAUUAAUAGAAUCUUGUACAUUAUGUCUUUCCUCACGUUGAAUGAUAUAUUAUUAGGAAAUAGUUUAUCUAUAUUUUUCAUUCUUGGUUUGGUUGCUCAUCACAUUCUGCAGUACAGAGGCAUUUUCUGUUGCCUGCUAAUAUUGUACUGCAUAUUAUUUUUUUUUUCAUUAACUCCAGUUCUUUCCAGGUUUGGCAAAGAGCAGCUGGAAUCAAGAUCAACACGGCCUCUCUAAUAUUCAUUCAUUUGAACUGCUAUUACUUUUGUCUUCUGAUAUUGUGUUCCCUAUUUACAACAAGUCCCCAGUGCUGUACAGUACUCCAUUUCUAUAGUUUUAUUUGGCAAUUGACUGACAAUUAUAUUGUUCAGCACAGAGAGACCCCAUACACGAGGUCCUAAAAAAAUGUAUGUAACAUGCUCAAAUUUAUGUACAGUACAGUAUAAAAACUAAUAAUUUGUUUGCCCUAAAUAAAAAGUUAGUUUGUACAUUAAUGCAGUAUGACACAUUGUACUGGAUGUAAAUUUUAUAAGCUUAUAUAAAUAUGAGUGUUAAUUACUGUUACCAUAAGGAUUGUCUCUUACUUGUUAUAUUCUGGGUAUAUAUAUUUUGUGAUUCAUAUUCCUCAUCAUUUUUACUUUCUUUAAUUAUAGUUUUUGAUCUUGGACUCUCCUUCAGUCAUUACAUGCCAUAACCUUUCAACCCAUUUGUUUUACUGAGCUUUGAUAUAUUGACACAUUGUAUGUUUUAGUUCUUAAGUAUAUACUCUGCAUCACUAAUUCAUUUUUCACCAUAUUAUACACAUGCUUUGUUAAUAAAUCUGUUUCAUUGUA